AUGACCACAGCAGUUGCGCGAUUCGCUGGGCUGCUGGAGCUCGUCUCAUUUGUCGCACACCAUGCCUUUUUCUCAGGCGAUGUGCCCACCCUGGAGGCCAUGAGCCUGGUGAGCAAGACAUUCUACGCUGCCGCCACGCCGUACGUCUACAGGGAGGUUCGCAUUGGGCAACCUGAAACGAUGCUCGUAUUUUGGCCACUCAUGAAGAACCGGAAAAUCCUGAGGAUGAAGCGCGGGCUCAAUGCGAAUAUCAAUCACGUUAAGGAAGUUGUCCUCUACCAUAACCUGGGUUUGCCAGGUCUGUCUGGCGAGGAACAGCACGAGCUCCUUCACCAGUUGCUCUCCCAGAUGCCUCGUUUGGAACACUUCGAACACAUCGGCAGAUUGUUGACCCCCGACCUUUUCCGAACGCUUGGCCGUUCUUGCCCAAGGCUCACGUCGCUAGCCCUGAGCAUGGGCGCCGAUGGGCGGAAUUUCUAUAACCUGUACAUUCGCCGGCGUCCAUUGGCCCCGUGGACUCGGAUCAUGCACCCUAAACUGGAGCUCGGCUGCCUGAGCGGUCUUCGAGAGCUGACACUCGCCUGCAUUCCCAUUGACGACUAUGACUGGUGGCUUCCGCAGCUUGUUCAGCUGCUCAAGAACUCGCCGCGUCUUACGAAACUGGCUCUGGGUUUCUACCCGGUGCGUCCUGGCGAUGAAGAGGACGACGCGGCAAUGCAUGCGCAUUACUAUGCGCUGGACCGUCUGUGCGACCUCUACGGAAGGACGGGCGCCUCGCCACUACGUCUGUCAUCUUUGCACUUGCUGGGAGGGACGUAUCCCUUCUCAGUCAACUCACUCAAGAAACUCGCCGACCUCACCCACCUACACGACGUCUACAUUUCGAUUCUUGGCGCCAUUGAGUCUCCUGAUACCGUGGCGCUGAUCGCAUUUGCGCCUCCCCAUGCGCCCAACCUCCGCUUUUUUGCCGUGGACCUGUAUAUCGAGGCCGUCCAUCAACACUUGUGCACUACCUCGGAGUCGGACCCAUCGUUUGUACGCAACCUCGGAAUUUUCGCCCAAAGAAUGUACAUAGAGGAGCCGCCAUUGUACACGACAAGCUUGCUACAACCGAGUCCCGAUCACCCGUCUCUCCCACUACAGCUAAAGAUGCUCAACCUUGAACUCAGUCAGAACGAUGGCACGGGAAGAAAAGACGAGCUCCAAUGCUCGCUAGAAGCCGAACAGGCGCUCGAGGACCUGGUGUCCACCAACCCUGACUCUCUCGAGGGCCUCGAUGUCAGCAUGCCCUACCGAAGCAUUUUUGACCCCGACGGGUUUUAUGACCCUAACCGCCCGGAAGCCGACAUGGAGCCCAGCGUCCGGCUUCUCGAGCCUGUGCUCCGCAGGCUGCCUAACCUCACACAGCUCAGCGUGCGGAGUGUCCCGUGUGACGAAGCUACCGCUGAGAGACUUGCCCUUGCGGGCUCCUGUCUCCGAUAUAUCGGGCUCGCCUCUCAAUACAAACUCGAUCAUUUCUGGCGUGUCUGGCGCCGGGACGAUGGUGGCAUCAGACUAGAGCAGAUCCAACACAGGGACGCAGCCUGCGUUGACUUAUGGAGGUAUAGCCACCUUAGCUAG